CGAGCCGCCCCUUCAGCUCGGGGACAGGGAGGCAGCGGCGGCCGGAGCCUAGGCCGCGGGGAAGCAGUUAAAAAAAGACUGCUGUGAAAGAGGGAGAGCAAGCAUGACUGGUGGAUCCUGGCUGACAAAAGGAGAGGGGAUUUCAUUGGGCAUUUUACUAAAAUGAAGACUACAAGAUUAAACUUCAGUGCAAGAAGGAAACUAGUACGCAGCUGUGCAAACUCCUGCUCCUACAUGCUUCUUUAUAGCAGCAUGCACUAAAGAUUUAUAAUUUUCAACUGUUACUAACCACAAAGAAUUUCACAAAUCAUUCUGAUUUUUUUGAGAAGAGUUCGCACUGGGAAUCAUGAACAUCAAUGACUUUGUAAUACUGCCAGGUUCAAAGACUGGAACUUCCGUAAAAUUAAAAGUGAAAAAUGUACGAGAGCUGAAGUUGGAGAAAGUACAGUUAGAACUAGAAAACAAGGAGAUGGAGAAGAAACUACAGCAACUACAAUCUAAUAUGAGCAGAGAAAAAGAAGAGAGGAGGGAACGAUCAAGUGGCUGUCGUUGGCAAUCUGGACAGGCAGGACCAUUGGGCAUUCAACCUCAAGUGUGGUCACAAAAUAGAGAAAAUGUUGUUAAGGUUUCUUCAGGAAAAGUGAAAUUGAAGAUACUCAAAGAACAGAUUCAUGAGCCAAUGAAACAGCCAUUUAUACAUAAAAUGGCAAAUGUUGCAAUCCCUGAAAAACCUAAAAUGAAGGGGAAGGCAUGUGGACAGUGUGAGGCCAAAAAUGCUUUACUGGUAUGCUUAGAAUGUGGGGAAGAUUACUGUGGUAGUUGCUUUGCCAGAGUCCACCAGAAGGGGGCACUGAAGCUCCAUAGAAUGAUUCCUUUGCAGGCAAAAACCCGUGUAUCAGUUGGAAAAUUAGAAGCUACCCAUCAAUUCAUGAAAUACUUUAAUCCUGAUGAAUCCAAAGAGAAUCAUGAACAGAAGAAAGCAAAUAGCAAGAAUCAGUUCAUGUCAGACAUUUCUUCAUCUCUGCUAAUGUCAACAGGCAAUGCUGAGGAAGUUUCCACAGUACCAACAGGGGCAGUUUUUGAGAAUCAGAAUGGUGGGUUAUUACUGUAUGGUACUUUUGAUGAGGAAGAAUCUGCAGAGUCCUUUCAAGAAGCUUUAACUCAAUGGAGAAAUGGAAGUCAUGAAUACACAAAGGAACAGAACUCUGAUGAGGCUCAACCAGUUCUAUUUAUACUUAUAGAAUCCAUGGGAGUUUGUGAGGUACAGACCCAUCUCACAAUUUUGAGAAAACCUGUUAAAAUUGAAUUCAAAGAAGAAAGCCUGAACUAUAUGGAGAAACUGUGGCUUAAGAAGCAUAGAAGAAUGCCAGUUAAUCAAAUAUCUGGUAUUCAAGCAGAUGAAUUCAGACCUAAGCAUGAACUGAUGAAUGUACCUGAUGAUGCUCUGAGUGGAGGAGAAAGAGGAGGAGGAGGAGAUGAUGAUGAUGAUGAUUAUUUAAUAGUUGAAGAUAUGAAAAAAUAUUGGACAGCUCUCUUUAGAGCAGAAGAGUCUUACGCGGUUCCUGAGAACCUUGGGUCUGCUUUGAAAAUUGAGGUACUCAGUGAUUCUUGUGAAGAGGACCUAGAUGAAUCAUGCAACUCUAUAGCGAUGGAAGUUGGAUCCACUAAACUGAGAAAUGAACAAAGUGAUGCAGUACCUGAAAAUCAGAAGGAUACAAUAUCAGACUUUUUACCAGAACCAGCUGCUGCUGUAACUAGCAAGACAUCUCGUAAUUCUGCUUCUACAUCUGACAAAAAAGACCUUUUCAUUCCUCAUGAUAGAAGCAGUGUUCCCGUUAAAGAAAUUUCUAAAGUUUCAUCUGCAAGAACAUCUACAGUAAAUCAUGAAAGAAGUUAUACUGAUUGCAUCCAUUCUAGCACAGAAGAAACAGUUCUCAGCAGUUCUCAUGAAAGUGCUGUAACAGAAAAAGAAAGUAUUAAAACAAAGACUUAUAGAAGACCCCUUAGUGCUUGUAUGUCACCUGAGAAGACUUUUGAUCUUCUUAAAUUAGGCAGCAAUGAACCUUCCCUCAUGACAAGAUCAUUGAAAAACAAUACAGAUUCACUGGAAUUUGACAGUUUCCACACAAGCAAGAGUUUGAUUUUACCUGUAACUACAGAGGCUUCCGUGUUGUUACAGGACGUAGCCCUGAGAGAAAAACCUACUUUGACCCAAUAUCAAGGACUUGAGGGAUUCUUUAUUUUGCAUACAAAUUCUAAGCAAGUAAGACUUGAUUCAGUUCCUUCACCUUUCUCAGAUUGCAGCUCUACAAACAGUACUUCAGUUUCAGGAAAGGGAUAUUGGUUCAGAGACACUAGCUUAAGUGAAUAUGCUGAUGAUUCUGUAGUACAGGAUGUCUUGCAAAGUGAACUGAGCAGAUCUUCAAGUAGUUUGGAACAACAAAACUUAUGUGCUGGAGUUUCAUCAUGGACAUUAAUGCACAGGUCACCCACUGAUAAUAGUUUCCAAAGACCUUUGUCAGCAAAUAUACCAUCCUCUAAAUCUAUGAAAUCUGAUGGUAUCUGCUGUACACACUCUCAGACAAGACCAAGAAAUUUAACUACUCAGCCCUUAUCUAGAGCUGCUACUGAAAUUUCAAAAAUUGAAUGCAUUGAUGUAACUGAACAAAAUGACCCUCUCUUAGAAUAUACUGCUGAUCAACAAGCCUUAGCUGGCUUGGAAAAUGAACUAAAAAGUCAUACAGAUUCUCAGGAAAAGCUUUACAGCUUUACCUCUGAAGACUUAUCCACCUUCAGCAGACAUUCAAAGAAGAUAAGUGAAAAUAUUACAGAUUUCCAUAAUAACCUAGAAAUAAAAUACCACAGUAGAGUUGAUAUUUGUAGAGACUGUGAUGAAAGCCAUACAGAUGAGGAGGAAGAGAUUCUGAGGGACAAGCAAGAAGUUAUAGCACUACGUUGACCAACCAAAAAAAAAAAAAAACCACAGCCAAAACUUGCUAGUAAUUUUUUUUUCUUUGCAUAAUAUAAAACAGGUAGACUGUUAGAAGGCAGUUCUCAGGUGUUGAAGAUGUUAGCUGCUGAAGAAUGUUGUUGCAAGUCUAUCCUACCAAUAAAACAUGUUUAAAAUUAAAAAUCA